CAAGGGCUGCUGAAAGUGAGUGGAGGGAACCACAAGGCCCAAGGGCCUCCCAAGUCAACAUCAUUUUCAUCUCACAUCUCUCUCGGUCACUAGGGUGGACAGCCAACUGCAUUUCCUGGGGUGGGAUUAUAGAACAGGGUUGAGAUUAACUGGCCUAUAAAUCAGAGCUUUAGGCUCUUGUAUUUGGUAUCAUUAACCAAAGAGACACAAGAGACACUGUGAGGCUGAGUGAGAUAGAGAUUGCUAUCCUCCAUACAUAAAUCAGAAUCCGCUGCCCCUCCGUAGAGUACCUGAUUUUGGGAAACCACGUAUAUCAGCAUGUUGUAUGAUUGUAUGUUUGUGGGUUUAGAUCCUAAUCGGCGUACCACCAUUCAGUACAAUGCAAAGAAAGAUUAAUUAACACCACAAACCUUAACCACAUAAACUAAUAAUUCAACUGCUUCUUAAAGUUCUGUGACUUGAGGUUGAUAUGGGUGUCCUGGAAACAAUAACAAUCCUUCUUUCAUGCUCUCUUUGCUUGUACCUUCUGUUUUUUCUCAUCAGGUUCCUUCAAAGAAUAUGGUGGACUCCAAUUCGCAUUCAACGCGUGAUGAAUUCACAGGGAAUCAAAGGCCCUUCUUACAGACUCAUCCAUGGAAAUAUGAAAGAGAUCCUCAAUAUGAAAACAGCAACCAUGAGCAAACCGAUGGGUUUAUCGCACAACAUAUUCCCCAGACUCGACCCUCAUCAACAAUCUUGGCUCAACAUAUAUGGGAAGAAUUUCCUUAUGUGGCAUGGUCCCCAAGCUCAGUUAGUUAUUACAGAAUUAGAGUAUGUCAAGGAAGUACUUAAUGACAAGGAAAAUAUUUACGUGAAAGGAGGUAUUGAAGGCUUCUUAAAGAAGCUGUUAGGAGACGGGCUUCCGACAUCCAAAGGUGAAAAAUGGGCAAAGCAAAGGAAACUGGCCAACCACGCUUUCUAUGCUGAGAGCCUAAAAAAUAUGGUUCCGGCAAUGAUUGAGAGUGUUGAGAUGAUGCUAGAAAGGUGGAAACAUCAUGAAGGCAAAGAGAUUGAGGUGUUUGAAGAAUUCAGGGUACUAACAUCAGAAGUCAUUUCGAGGACAGCUUUUGGCAGUAGUUAUUUAGAAGGGGAAGUUAUAUUUGAGAUGUUGAUCAAGAUGGUUUCCUUAUUUUCCAGAAAUAUGCUCAAAAUCAGGCUUCCUGGCCUCAGCCUAUUCUGGAAGAGUAGCGAUGAUAUAGAAUCAAAUAAACUUGAACGCGAAAUACGAGAUUCUAUUACAAGGAUUAUAAGGAAAAGAGAAAACGUUUUAAAAGAAGAGGGAAACUUUGGGACUGAUCUGCUUGGUCUACUUGUGGAGGCUUAUAAUGAUGAGGAUGGGAAGAAUAGGCUUACACUGGAAGAAGUGGUUGAUAAUUGUAAGGCCUUCUACAUUGCCGGACACGAAACGACCACCUCCUUGCUUUCGUGGACCAUUCUUCUUCUAGCAAUUGAUACGGAUUGGCAAGACAAAGUACGAAAGGAGGUGCUCGAGUUAUUUGGAGACCAGAAUCCAAAUGCAGAAGGCAUUGCUAGAAUGAAAAAGAUGACAAUGGUCAUCAAUGAGACCCUAAGGCUAUACGCUCCUGCCACCGGACUUACGAGAAAAGUAGAAUGGGAAAGCAAAUUGGGAAGGCUUGUCCUUCCAGCCAAUUUAACCCUGGUGAUUCCUACGAUGUCUCUUCAUAUUGAUCCACUUAUUUGGGGAGAAGAUGCGCAUCUCUUCAAUCCAGAAAGAUUUUCAGGAGGAGUGGCUAAAGCUACCAACAACAACCCGGCAGUGUACCUACCCUUUGGUUUGGGACCACGCAGUUAUGUAGGUCUGAACUUUGCAAUCAACGAAGCAAAAAUCGCUCUCUCGAUGAUUCUACAACGCUAUGCGUUCACUCUGUCCCCAACCUAUAUUCAUUCGCCAAUUUUGCAUUUCACACUUCGGCCAGAACAUGGGAUUCAAGUGGUGCUUCACCCUCUCUAGUAUGUAUCAAGGUGUGCACUGGGUGCAAAACAGUCUUAAAAUAUCAAGCAAAUAAAUGUGUUGUUUGUCACUG